AUGCGGGCCUGGCUUCUGGAAGUGGUUAUUGCAGGACAAUUCUACGAAUUUUUCACGCGUUUUACAGAGGAUGUCAAGCUACUCCUGUCAUAUCCCACCAAAUCAAGUACUGAUAAAACGAUGCAAAGGCCACUAUUUCUAGCUGUGUUGGGUUGGAAUCAUGCCAUUGAACUUUUCACAUCAAUCAUAAACAACCCCGCAAUACACGACAUCAAUAAAUGCUGGACAUGCAAUCAUCCUACCAUCCCUGGUAUUUCGAUUCCUCACUAUAUUCUUGGAAAUUUCAAGCUCUACAAGGGUCACUUGGCUCAGGUAAGACUCUUAAAGCUUGUGAGGGAAUGUGGUGCAUCCUUGUAUGAAGAAUCUAAAGGAUAUAAAUUCUAUGAGCCUCUAGAAACUACCGCCCUAAAAUGCGACUUUAAUAUAGUGAAGUGCCUUUUAAGACACAGUACAAACAUCAACCACGGAACAAGAAUCAUGUCCCCUUAUGCUAGAGGUUGUUAUUACUCGGAUAUCUUGAUUGCAACUAGCCAUGAAGGCAUUUCCAAGAUGGAAAUUAAAGUCAGGGACGAUCUACUUGGUACUAUAUCGACUCAACAACUUGAGAACUUCAUUACUUAUGACCUUAAUAUUGAUAUGGAACUUGAAGGCAAAACCUUUCUUUCCUAUGUAGCAUCUUCUGGGAAUGUCGAUCGAGUUCGAUGGCUGGUCCAACAUGUGGCCAAUGUUGAUGGCCAACCCUCUGACGGGAGACCGAUUUCUUCAUCGCCGUUGAUGGAAGCAAUUUAG